AUGUCCAACGAACAUCAACAAGCUCAACAACCAUCCGUCGCUGUUGUACAACAACAACAACAACAACAAGCUCAACAAGUUCAACAACAACAAGCUCAACAACAAGCCCAACAACAAGUUCAACAAUCUGCAAGAUCACAUGGAUACCAAAGAAUGUUCAAGAGAUUGCUCCAAACCCGUUCACUCCAACAAAAGCCACUCAUUCCAGAAAGAAUCGUCGCCUCUUACAAGGUCUAUGGUUGGUUAAUCCAACAUGACCCAGCAUACGAAUCGACAGCCUUCCGUCGUGAAGUACUUGUUGCCAUUGACGAGAUCUUUGAUAUUGUUUUGGCCAUUUUGGAGAUGAUGAAGUGCUCAUCAAAUCUAUUGGUUCCAAUCAUUAUCUAUGCCGACAAGUUUGUAAAUAGAAGUGGUAUUAAACAUAAUCAACUUUUUAAUUUAUUGUUAACAAGCACUGUUGUUACACUUAAAUUCUGGUCUGAAUCAACUCAAGUAAAUAAUGCCAUUAUUGCAGAGAUUUUCAACUUUUCAUUAAAGGAUAUGAAUUUAAUGGAGAGAAGAUUCCUCAUUGGCGUUGAUUACAACCUCUGUUUGACCAGCGAGACUGUUACCAUGUACCUUUUACAACUCUAUGAAAACCAACAAAUCUUUUUGUCCUCUUUCAAACACCCAUUCGACAACCCACCACAACUUGUUCGCAAGCCAUUCGAAUUGAUCCAAUUCCAACACCACCAACAACUCUUGCUCCAAGAGAGACUUUACCAACAACAAUCCCAAUCUCAACAAUCAUCACCACAGGCCUCACCAUCAUCCUCCCAGGAAUCCUCACCUCAACAAUCUGUUUUCUACACCACCACCAAUCAACCAUCACCAGCCGUAUAUACUGCUGUUCAACAAUAUGCCUCUCAACAAAUCUACAUGCCAAACCAAAUGGUUUCACCAAUGUGUUGA